GUCUACUUACUUUACUGGUGUGGUAUUUUGUUUUGGUUUUAAAUUAUUUACUUGCUUUUCUAAUAAAGUGCAAGAAAGAAUUAGGUAAUGAAAAUAUUCUGAAUGUAAGUUUAUUUAAUCAUCAGAUGUGAAGGGUUAUGGUUUCAGUUUCAGAUUAUUAUUUUACAGCCAGCAUUUGUGUACGUCAGAAUGGCGGGUGUAUGAGUAUAAAAAUAGAUUCAGUAAUUAUAUUAUAAAUAUACCUUUAAUGUACUAGUUAGUACCUGUAAAUAAAUUCAAUGUACCUCUUUAAAAUCGGAGUUAUUUACAAUGAUAAGUGAGUCGCCAACCUGAUGUCAGAAUCAUUUGGUGCAGUACUUCAACCUACUAUUACUUCAAUGAUGCCUGGGUCUGCAUCAAAGUCAUUCACAGAUAAAAUUAAGUCUGGAGAAAUAAAGAUGGCAUGUUUCCUAGCAGAGCACAAUCUACCAUUUAGCUUAGCAGAUGAUCUAAAGGAUCUUAUACAAUCAGUUGCCCAAGAUUCAAAGCUUGCAUCAGAAUUAACUUUUGGAAGAACAAAGGCACAUGCUAUUAUUACAAAUGUUACUGGUAAAGUAGCAGAAAACCAAUUAAUUGAAAUAUUACAAAAAAAUAAGUUUUCACUAAUAGUUGAUGAGAGCACAGACAGAUCAUCAAUUAAACAUUUGGCACUUAUUGUAAGAACUGCAGUUGAUUUUCAUGUUGAAGAUAGUUUUCUAUGUAUAAUACCAGUUGUUGAUGGUACGGCUACAGCUUUACAUAAUGCUUGUACAAAACAUUUUGAAGAGAAGAAUAUUCCAUACAAGGAAAAUAUGGUAGGAUUUGCAGCUGACGGAACCAAUUCCAUGUUUGGACAACAUCAUUCCUUGUCAAAAUUGUUUGCAAAAGAUAUUCCGAAUCUGUUUCUAAUAAAAUGUAUAUGUCACUCUUUUCAUCUUUGUGCCUCAUAUGCUUGCAAAAAAUUACCACGAGGUGUAGAGGACUUUGCUCGUGAUGUUUACAACUAUAUACAGAAUAGUCCAAAACGUAUUGGAGACUACAAAGAGUUUCAAUGUUUUGUAAAUAUUAAACCACAUAAACUAUUACACCCUGCCCAAACAAGGUGGCUGUCUUUGUUACAAGUUGUGAAAAGGCUUCUUGAACAACUACCAGCAUUGAAACUAUAUUUUCAAAGUGCUGUGUUAACUGACAGAUUACUUGCAGCUCAAUCAAUCCUUGAUAAAUGUCUGGAACCAACCACAGAAUUAUAUUUAGAGUUUUUAAGUUUUGUGCUGCCAUACUUCAAUGAUUUGAACAAAGAAAUGCAAUCUGAAAGUCCAAAACUCUACUUGCUGUAUGAAAAAAUUUUUGUAACCUACAAGACUAUAUUGGAAUGUUUUUUAAAGCCAGAAUAUUUGGAAUUAACUGAACAGGAAAAAACAAGCAUGCAAGUCCAUGACAAAGUUGCAGCAUUGGAAUUAUUGGAAUUAAAAAUAUUGAAAAUUGAUUUUGAAAAAAUUGAAAACCACUUACCCCUGGAAGACAUUUACUUAGGAGGCAAUGUUGCUGCUUUAAUUAUAAUGAACAGAAACAGUAUUCAUCCAGAUCAAAUAAGACAGUUUAAAAAAAAAUGUCUUGAAUUUUACAUUGAAAGUCUUAAUCAAAUAAAAAAUCGCUUUCCCUUUGAAGAUGAGCACCGACAAAGAUUGAAAAAUUUAAGGUUUUUAAACCCUGACAUAUUGCUGGACUCAAAUUUAAAACGUUCUGUACCAUCUAUAGCUCAUUUAGGGCAAAUGUUUCCAGGAUUAUGUCCAACAAAUUUAACAGAAUUAGACAGGGAAUGGAGAACUCUAAGAAACACUAAUCUUCCAUUUCAAGGGGAUCAGCUAAUCAAAGCAGAUGAGUUUUGGCGUCACAUUUCAAAAAUAAGAAAAGGCGAUUUCUCUCAAAUGUUUCCUUUAUUAGCCCAAUUUGCACAAAAUUUAUUAACAUUGCCACAUAGUAGUGCGAAUGUCGAGCGACUGUUUUCUGCGAUAAAUUUGAUGAAAACGAAGAUAAGAAACAGGCUUCACACUGACACACUCACAGGAUUACUUUAUACGAAAAGUGGCUUGAAAAAAAACCGCGAGCCUUCGCAGGAACACUUAAAGCAUUUUAAUAAAAAUAUGUAUAGAUUUAAUUUGCCUGAAAAGGAUACUGUAUAA